AUGAUGUUCUCAUUCGACAUAUACAUUGUGCAAUAUAAAUUAGAUUACCACGCCAUACGUGAAUUAUAAUCUCUACAUUAAACAUAGGGUGAUCAUGCUUGGAUUUCUGUGCUUUAUUUGUGCAUUCUUUAUUGGCGCUAAUGGACAGACAGAUUGCUCGACUUUGCCCGACGGACAUUACAAUAUAGGAUGUAAAGUGUAUGAUGUUUGUACAAAUCACGUUCUGACAACAGUUGAGUGUAAACAGAACAAGGUCUACAACAACGUGACAAAAGCGUGUGAUUAUCAGAAUCACGUGGAUCCCCCGUGCGGUCUCGUGAGAGACUGCUCAAAUCAACCUGAUGGUGCUUACACAGACUACAAACUAAACUGCACCUCCUAUUACACGUGCAGUCAUCAUGUUUACUACGGACACAACUUUUGUACUCCAGGUACUGUAUUCGAGCAAUCUAUGGGGACAUGCGUGUGGCCUGCCGAUGCCUACAAACCGUGUGGAACGAAAGUUUGAAAUUAAAGUUACAAGUACAGAAUAAAAUAUACAAAAUUCAA